GUAGUGGGAGGCGCGGCGGCAGCUCGUGUCGAACCAAAUGGCACAAACUUAAAUCAUCACUUUUCAAGCAAUUUGAGAUUGUCUUUUAAAACAAGAACCUGAGGGUGUCCGCCUGGCCUCCAGAUAAGGAUGACGUUCCCGAGUUUCUGCCGAUAGUAGCGACGGACAGGUAAGAUUGAAGCAUUUCACCUAUUGUCAGAAUUGCCACAUUUGGCCAGCCAACGGUAUCAGGCACUUGUGGAGAGAGCCAGGGCUUUUCCCUACUCCGAGGCAGGCUGACUGACCUUUGACCUGAUCUUUCCCUGCGCCACCCAGGCGAGGCCUAACGCUCCGCCCAUGUGCCUUAGAGAGAAUUGGCUGUGGGCGGGACCUGCAGUCUCAGAACUCCGGGAUGCAGCACUCGUCAGCCGCCGGCCGUCGGGAUGGCCUGCUUGGCGGCCCUCUGGUCGGCUCACAAUCCGGCCGUCACCAACGCUGUCAUCAUGAACACAAACGGGCCUCCGGACCUGCUGCUUGAACCACUAUCCGCGUUCGUCUCGGCCGACUCCCACGCGGAGCAGGUGACCGACCGCGUGGUACGCCCACCGCCGUGGCAUGGACGUCCUCGGAUGGCCGACGUGGGUCUGACAGAAGCGCUGAGGUUUCGGUCAUUGCCGCGGAGGCCGGCCGUCAACAUCCGCUUCAGAGUACUCGGUCCGGGAAGGACCCUGGUGGAGGAAUGGCGGUAAGGAGCAAGUGCAGGUCGUCUUCAAAGUGCCUUCCAGCCGGGCGGAGAGCAUGAAAAUUGUUGCCUCUUUGCCAGUCGCCCAGAAGGAGAUUCAAAGGCGCUUCAACUGUUUGAGAGCAGAUUGAAAUGUUUUUGUUUGAAAGUAGAACAUAAAAUGAUGAGAUGGAAAGGACA